AUGUGGCAGAUGGGGCUGUGUCCACCCCAAUGCGGCUGCAAAGACCCUAAGGCAAAAGCCCCCAAGGUCCUGCCCCCUGGGGACGACCUCCUCCUGGACCUGAUGACUGAGGACUCUCGGUUACCUCAGCCCCCACCAUACCCGGCGGAAACUGGCUCUAGGGAGGACGUGCAGCGGCCCGAUCCUUCCCCUAUUGCCACUAGAACUAGGGUAAGGAGGGACGACUUGUAUAACUGGAAGAACAACAAUCCUCCUUUCUCAAAAGACCCCGCCAUGCUAACUGCCUUGAUUGAGUCCAUACUUGUUACCCAUCAGCCUACCUGGGAUGAUUGUCAGCAACUGCUACAGGUUCUCCUGACUACUGAAGAGAGGCAGAGAGUCCUCCUGGAAGCUCGGAAAAAUGUUCGCGGGGCAGAUGGGCGGCCGACACAGCUGCCAAAUGAGAUUAAUGCUGCUUUUCCCUUAGAGAGACCAGACUGGGAUUUCACCACUGUGGAAGUUGAUACAGGAGCCCAACAUUCCGUCCUGAACCGUGACCCAGGACCUCUCAGCGACAAGUCGGCAUGGGUCCAGGGAGCCACCGGAGGACGGCGAUAUCGAUGGACUACUGAUCGAAGAGUCCACUUGGCUACCGGUAAGGUGACUCAUUCUUUUCUUCAUGUUCCUGACUGUCCAUACCCCCUAUUGGGAAGAGAUUUGCUCCAGAAAUUGAGAGCCCAAAUCCAUUUUGAGGAGUCUGGGGUGCGUGUAGUUGGCCCCAAAGAUCAACCUCUGCAGGUGUUAACUUUGAGUCUGGAAGAAGAAUACAGACUGUAUGAAAAUAAUAAAAGAAAAGAACUCCCCCUUAAUCUAGAAUGGCUAAAUGAUUUCCCUCAAGCAUGGGCAGAAACAGGAGGCAUGGGAUUGGCCAGACGACAAGCUCCACUGGUUAUAGCUUUAAGAGCAAAUACUACACCUGUCUCGAUUAAACAAUACCCAAUGUCACAGGAAGCAAGAAUAGGAAUUAAACCUCACAUAAAAAGGCUUCUGGACCAGGGGAUUUUAAAACCUUGCCAGUCCCCAUGGAACACCCCCCUGCUCCCCGUCAAAAAGCCUGGGACAGGAGACUAUAGACCGGUCCAAGACUUACGAGAAGUUAACAAGCGGGUAGAAGAUAUACAUCCCACGGUGCCCAACCCGUACAACCUGUUAAGCGGACUGUCACCAGCCUAUUGUUGGUAUACAGUUUUGGACUUGAAGGAUGCCUUCUUUUGCCUAAGGCUCCACCCAGACAGCCAGCCUAUUUUUGCCUUCGAAUGGAAAGAUCCUGAAUUGGGAAUUUCAGGGCAAUUGACCUGGACUAGACUCCCCCAGGGGUUUAAAAAUAGCCCUACCCUGUUUGAUGAGGCCCUACAUCGAGACCUGGCAGAUUUUCGGGUCCAGCAUCCCGCCUUGAUGCUACUCCAGUAUGUCGAUGAUUUGUUACUAGCCGCGACAUCUGAACGGGAAUGUAGGGAAGGAACCAGAGACUUACUACAUGCCCUCGGGACCCUAGGGUAUCGAGCCUCCGCUAAAAAGGCCCAGAUUUGCCAACAACAGGUGACAUACCUGGGCUAUUUAAUUAAAAAGGGAGAAAGGUGGCUGACGGAUGCAAGAAAAGAGACAGUCAUGAACAUACCCGAGCCCCAAAACUCCCGGCAGCUAAGGGAAUUUUUGGGAACCGCCGGGUUUUGCAGGCUGUGGAUACCAGGCUUUGCCGAAAUGGCCAGCCCCCUGUACCCCCUCACCAAACAGGGUACCAUGUUUGCCUGGGGAGAAGAACAACAGAAGGCCUUCCAGAACAUUAAAAAGGCUCUCCUAACAGCCCCAGCCCUAGGACUCCCAGACUUGACUAAGCCCUUCGAUUUGUAUGUAGCAGAGAGCAAAGGACAUGCGAAGGGAGUAUUAACUCAAAAAUUGGGGCCUUGGAGGCGGCCGGUGGCCUACCUCUCCAAGAAAUUGGACCCAGUGGCCUCAGGAUGGCCACCCUGUCUCAGGAUGGUGGCUGCCAUUGCCGUCCUGGUUAAGGACGCCAGCAAGUUGACUUUCGGGCAAUCCCUGACCAUUCUGGCCCCGCACGCAGUGGAGGCACUAAUUAGGCAGCCGCCAGAUCGUUGGCUGUCCAAUGCCCGAAUGACUCAUUAUCAAACUAUGCUCCUGGACACAGAUCGGGUCCGGUUUGGGCCCGUCAUGACCAUCAAUCCCGCCACGCUACUUCCCUCGGCGGAUGAGGAAGCAGUUCCCCAUGAUUGCCUUGAGAUUUUAGCAGAAGUGCACGGGACCCGCUCCGACCUGACUGACCAACCGCUCCAGGGCGCUGACUUUACUUGGUAUACUGAUGGGAGCAGCCUGGUGCUGAAUGGGGAACGGAAGGCGGGAGCAGCCGUAACCACCGAGACUGAGGUAAUCUGGGCAGAGACCCUUCCGCCAGGGACCUCAGCACAAAGGGCAGAGCUGAUUGCCCUCACCCAGGCACUCAAAAUGGCAAGCGGGAAAAGACUCAAUGUAUAUACAGAUAGCCGGUAUGCCUUUGCCACUGCCCACAUUCACGGGGAAAUAUAUAGUCGACGAGGGCUUUUGACUUCUGAAGGAAAGGAAGUUAAGAACAAAAGAGAAAUUUUGGCCCUGUUGCACGCAUUAUUCUUACCCCGUAAGCUCAGCAUCAUGCACUGCCCGGGGCACCAAAAGGGAGACAGUCCUAUUGCCCGGGGCAACAGGAUGGCUGACGAGACAGCUCGAAGGGCAGCUGUGAUCUCGGUCCCUCCAUACCCCGUCUCCAACAAAGAGGCGCGGGCGCAGUGGCUCGAAUGGCAGAGUGCUAGCAUUGAACCCGAAGGCCAGACAAAGCCUAUAGCAAUGUGCCUUCAGUCUAAUGCAGGUCAGAAAGGAGCAGACUUAGGACCAUUUGUAUACCCUAAAAAAGAUGAAGAGCUCCUAACAAACCUAGGGGCCCGAAAAGACGACAAAAGAAAAAUAUGGAUCCUUGACAAUAAGACUGUAUUGCCCAGGAAUUUCGCCCAGCAAGUGAUCGAACAAGUACACCAGCUAACACACUUAAGCCCCAGAAAGAUAAAAGCCCUCCUUGAUCGAGACGAAAGAUUUGUUUAUUUUUUGGGCAAGGAAGACAUCUUGCAAAGAAUAUAUGACAGGUGCCGUGCAUGUGCCAUGGUAAAUGCUGGGAAGACAAAAUCGGGAUUAGGAAAUGUCCGAAUGAGAGGGCAUCGCCCUGGAGUCCAUUGGGAAGUUGACUUUACUGAAAUCAAACCUGGGCUUUACGGAUAUCAGUAUUUGCUGGUGUUUGUCGAUACUUUUUCCGGUUGGGUGGAAGCCUUCCCCACAAAGCAAGAAACUGCCAAAGUAGUCAGCAAGAAACUACUGGAAGAAAUUUUUCCCAGGUAUGGCAUGCCUAAAUUUCUGGGGUCGGACAAUGGGCCAGCCUUCGUCUCCCAGGUAAACCAGCAGGUGGCCAUGUUACUGGGGAUUAAUUGGAAGUUACAUUGUUCAUACAGACCCCAAAGUUCAGGGCAGGUAGAGAGAAUGAAUAGAACCAUUAAGGAGACUUUAACUAAAUUAACGCUUGCAGCUGGCUCAAAGGACUGGGUACUCCUACUCCCUCUUGCCCUUUACCGGGCUCGAAAUACCCCUGGACCCCACGGACUUACCCCCUUUGAAAUUCUCUACGGGGCACCCCCUCCCUGUGUUAGUUUUUAUAGUUCUGAUGUCUCCACUUUUGCUAACAGCCAAAAUCUUCAAGCCCACUUGCAGGCCUUACAGACCGUCCAGAGAGAGGUCUGGGAGCCACUCGCUGCCGCCUAUAAGGAACAGCUGGAGAGACCUGUGGUGCCACAUCAGUUCCAGAUCGGAGACUCGGUGUGGGUCCGGCGACAUCAGACCAAGAACUUGGAACCUCGCUGGAAAGGCCCCUAUACCGUACUCUUGACCACUCCAACCGCCUUAAAGGUAGACGGCAUAGCUGCUUGGAUUCACGCGUCUCACGUCAAACCUGCUUCUGCUGAAGAAACGAUCCCGGAAUGGCGAGUCCAACGCACUCAAAACCCACUAAAGAUAAGACUAAUCAAGGGGGGGCCUUCCUCAUAG